UUUUCAGUAGUGCGUCCUCCGCGGCGCGUCUUCGGUGCGGCCACUUUCCGUAAACUGCGCCUUCUGUGUUUGAGCGCACCACCUCGAUAACACGUCAAUCCCUGCAGCACUUCACGAAGAUAGCAGCAGGCCUGCGAGGAUCCACGGGGAAGCUUGCCAGCUACAGACUGCUCAUUCUUAAUUAUCUCCAUGGCUGCUAAUGAGACGAGACAGGAGCCGGAUCUGCUCGAAAUGCGCCAAUUAUCCGCAGAGGACGGAUGUGCGUUCGUGUGCGUGCAGGGCAACAUGCUCAGUUGAGAGCAGAGACAGUUGAUUAUCGGUGGUUAUCAGCAGUUAAAAGGACGCGCGGUCGCUGCACUUUACGUAAUUCUUUUUUUUGCGUAAUUUUGCACCGGGUAUCGGAUGCCGCGUGGACCAGGAUUAUUUUGGCGAGGAUAGCUCGAGGGCUCUCCCCGCCUCCCUUCACCCGUUGUUGUCCUCAACGGCAGACGCACAGAUUCAUUCAGACGGGGACUAUUUGUCUGGAGCAAUAUCGUAAUUGUAAACAGACGAGGAGCAGUUUUAAUGAAAUCCAACAUCGCUGCAUCCCGGUUGAAGCCUUCAAUUAGCAGUACCUGGGGAAUUCUCCAGCUGCUCUUCCAUGCUUUUCUCUGAGAAUGGGAUCAUAGUAAACCUUUCUGGGAUUUAGAUCAACAGCCAGCAUGUUGCAGCCUUCUACCAGAACAGGUGACAGCCUGCUGAAAACAUUACCUCAUUGGAGUAAGCGUCCGGGAUGGGUCCUCUCCCUCACCCUCUGCAUGGCUCUCCUCUGGCUUCCAGGGGCAGCGGCAUCCACCCUAAACUGCCAUAAGACGUGCAUCUGCGCCUCAAACAUAGUGAGCUGCUCCAAGAUGAAUCUGACCACCGUCCCGACAGGUCUGCCGCUCUACACUGCUGUGCUGGAUCUCAGCUACAAUGAGAUAGAGCGCCUGCGAUCUGAGUGGACCCCGAUCAAGCUCCUAAAGCUGCAUAACCUCCUCCUCAGCCAUAACGGGCUCCACUUCCUGUCUUCAGAGGCGUUCCAACACGUGAAGCACCUGCGUUACUUGGACCUGUCCUCCAACAACUUGCAACUGCUGGAUGAGUUCAUCUUUGAGCCUUUGGUCAACCUGGAGGUCCUCUUGCUGUACAAUAACCAAGUUUCCCAGAUUGACCGCUCAGCCUUUCUCAGCACGAUCAACCUUCAGAAGCUCUACCUAAGCCAGAACCAAAUCUCCCGCUUCCCUGUGGAGCUGGUCAAGGAAAAGUCCCGCCUGGAGAAACUUAGUCUCCUGGAUGUGUCCUCCAACAAGAUCAAGCUGUUUCCCAUUGAUGAGCUCCAGGUGCUGCCUGCCUGGAUUAAAAACGGCCUCUACUUCCACAAUAACCCUCUGCUGUGUCACUGUGAUCUUUACACACUCCUUGCCCAUUGGUACAUUCGAAAGCUCAACUCUGCUGUGGACUUCAAAGACAACUACACCUGUAUUCUGCCUGGCCCGCAAAAAACCCAAGUCGGUGUUUUUGAUCUCAGCGGUUACAUUAUGAACUGCAGCACAUUCAAGGAAUCGGGUGAAGAGGCUUUUUUAGAGCAGAGGCUGAUCCUUAGCUGUGACACCAAACGCAGGGGGAUGUUAAAAACCUGGAUGAUGCCAGGUAAUGUGGCGGUGACAGUUGGAAGCAACCAGACAGCCAAAGCCUUGAAAGAUGGAAAUCUGCAGAUUAAUCCGGUGAGGAUUGAGGACUCUGGGACCUACACUUGCUUUGCCAUGAGCGAGGCCUUCAAUGAGACGAUCUAUGUGGUGCUGAAGGUUCACAACUUCACCAUGGACGGGGGCAGCGAGAGCCUGAACACAGCCUAUACCACCUUGGUGGGCUGUCUGGCCAGUGUGGUGCUUGUGCUCAUGUAUCUCUACUUGACGCCAUGUCGCUGCUGCUGCUGCCCCAAUAAAGGUAAGGCUCGGGGUGAUGACAGCAUCCACUCGUCCAUGCUCAGCGUGACGCCGACUCACGAGGACCCGGCGCUCAAGGCCGAGCUGAACAGGCACGUGGCGUUCAUAGACUCCAAGGACUUGCAGGGCCAGAACGGCAAGCUGAACCCCAAUGGGGAUGAGGAUGAUGAUGAUCUGGAUGCAGAGGCUGGUUCUCUUAUGAAGGGGAAGAGGAAGAAGUCAGUAGCAGAGUCCAUCAGCUCCGUCUUCUCAGACACUCCCAUGGUGGUCUGAGAUGAGACCGGCAAAGACUGGACGUAUAUGGUACAACGCGAGCCAUGUUUUAGUCGACGUAAACUGUGACUGUGACCUUGUGGGAGGAAACGGAGGAAGGAAGUUCAUCUAUAGUUGUCGGCAAGUGGAAAUAUGGAUCUCAAAGGGAGUAAAAAAAAAAAAAAAAAACUGUUUUGUUGCCCACAAGGACAAUAAGAAGGACUUUUCCAGCAUUUUAAUCUGUAGCACUUAAUAUUCAUACUGUGAAGGAAUGGCAGUGUACAAGAACAAGGGGAACUACUGAAAUCUUAUGAAAGUAACACGUAGACAAUAUUUUGUUGCUAUCAGCACUCAGGAAGUGAUCCAUUAAACUGCUCAAGUGUGGGAAAUACAUAUGAUAUCACAGGUUGAAAUUAGAUUUGAAAAACGUAGUUUAUAUUUAAACCAUGGCUGGCUCAUAAUUAUAUUUAUUACACGGACUAAAAUAGAUUAAUCUUACCUAAACAUUAAAGCAUAGACACACAGGGACAGAGACUUAGAUGGACAGGCCAUGAAUACAUCUGUCGUUAACCUCGAGUCAUCUGUAGAGAAACAAGCAAGCCAUAAACCCUCAUUAUAUGAGGUCUCAGGCUGAUCUGUAUAGGAUAAAGAAAACGUGCACAUUGAGAAAGCAGUAGCACUAACAUUAUAUUAAGAGGCCAUCGCAGGUCAUUUCCACUCUACUUCAUAUCCGAUACUUAGCUACAGUCGGAUAUAGUUCAUCCGUCCGAUCUUUAUUCAUAUUCAUAGUCGUGGACAGCGAUUUAGGAGAAAUCGGUCAUCGAGAAAUAGGGAUCAAUUUACAUAGAGGUGUGGUAUAAAAUAGUUAACCAGUUUGAGGCAGAAAAUAGCUUAUGAAUGGACUAUAAAUGAAAAGAAUUGCCUCUUAAUUAUUGCACAUCGACAGUAUAACCCAAAAAGACAAUUAAACACAUGGCACACAGCCAGCAGAUACACAUUAGACAUUAGCAGGGAAUUAUUUUGUCUUGAAUGAUUAUCAACAUAUUGUAUUUAGUUCUGUGUACAGACCGGUACCAUGGUUCUUACAAGGACUAAUAGACUGAGGUACCACCUCCUGAGGAGCUUGACUUUUCCUCUCGGCCAAGUUAUAGCAUUUGUUUCUCUCAGUCACACUAGCAGGAAGUUAAAGACCAAGCUAAAAGCUGCCAGCUUGAGUUUACUUUAUUCAUGCACCUUACACAGAACAUAAACCUUGGUGUAUUUAUAUGUCAUAAACUAUGUAGUAGAUUUACUGCAAGUAUUUUGCUCGGAUGGACAAUUACAAGUGUCACAAUGUUUUGUCCUGUGGUAGGUACGCUGCAUUAGCAGGUAAACAGAGUCUGCCAAAUAAUAAAACCUACAGGGUUCCUCCAGAGGAUUAUGAGUAAUGUUGAUGAGGCUGUACAUUAUUUGACAGGACAGAGCUGAUCUUAGAGUCUAUAGCUACUGUCAGGAAACCUCAUGUAAAACUGGAGACUUCAGAAGAUAAGUUGAAUUAUUUUCCGUGCGAAACACCUGUAUGCUGUGCAUAUUUCAUUAACAAGGUUUAAAACAGGCGUGGACAAGAAAGAGGGAUUUUAUUAAAUGGUGCGGAGUUAGUGUCAUAAUACAACAAGGCUAGCCCGGCGUAAAUGCUAAUUGCAUCUAUUGAUGGGAUGCAGCUUCCUUCUGCUUUCCAUGUCUUUGUCUCUCUGAGGAGCAGGGGAUAGGUGUGUUAUCAUGAGUCACAGCAACACAAAAGCCUUUCUCUCUGGCUCGCUGCACACUGACAGCCUCAAUUCAGCCCAGAUGUGUUUGCUUUUUUUGUGUACCUCUGUCAUUACGGGGCUGCCCUCACUUUAGUUCAAAAGCAAUCACUCAACCAGGCAAUGAAUGUGACGCCCUUUAAGUAGUCUUUCAUAUGUUUACAAGGGAAACGCCUGGAGCUCUCAUUCAACAUUUGCUCUCCCACUGAGUCUUAUCAUUUUCAAAGUAGAAUACAAGAACUUGGAAAGAAUUUAUUGCUCAAUGCUUCUUGGUUUUCCACUUCACCACAACACUACAUAGAAGAACAGAUAUAACAGAUAUAGAACAGAUAUAUAAAAUCCCAUACAUCUAGAAAUGAAAUGUCAGUGUAGCUCUCAAAUGUUAAAAUGUACACUUUUCUGAGUGCAAUAGGUUUUUUUAAAAUGUAGGUUAUAUUCACAGUUGCAGGGUGCAACGCAGCAUCUUCUGUGUGUGGGUGAGAAGAGGAAGUCACACUUAUCGGAGAGGUGGUGUGUGAAUCAUUCCACUCUUGCACACACACAUAGGAAUACCAGGUGGAAACAUGUAAAGCCACAUUUAGCACUACUGCUGACUGGCUGCAAUUGGCAGAAAAUCAAUCCCGUUUUAGGGCUCCAACCUUUAAGUGUUGCCCUCUAGAAUUUCAAUAUAUGUGCUGUUCCCUGUUGUCGCAUCAUUGGAUCAAUCCAAAACCUCUCGGAUUUCAAGCCCUGGUCCCUCAAGGCAGCCUGAGAAGCUACUAAACGGCAGUUACAGAAUCUAAUAUGGUUAAAAAAACCAAACUAAACUCAUACACAGAUAUAAUGGCUGUUGCAUUGCGCACAUUGAUCUGGAAGACUAUCAAGUAAUAGCAUGUGUUUGCCCCGCAGUAAGUGUCAAUACAGUUAAAUCGGCCCUGGCUAAUGAUUGGUCUUCUCCUCUGGGUUGUCACUCAAAAUGUAAGUUGCAGUUCUGUACAGAGAAAAACGAAGUGCUAUUGCGAAGGUCCCAGCAUAGAGGAGAAGAGCGGCUUUGUUGUCUCCAAAGCACAUCUGCCUUCCUAUAUAUAUCUAUAUAUACAGUAUAUAUAUGUAUUCAGACUCACUUUUCUGUGUUCAGUAUUGAUUAGUUGUGUACUGCUAUGUUCUACCAGUGUAUUGACUGUAUUCUUGUAUAAUCGGAUGUCAUUUCGCAUUACGUCUGCCGCUGUGCUACUGUUAGUCGUUUCAACAUUCAAGUCUUGACCAUCAAUGUUUAUUUUUUAAGCGGGGUGGGGUUUAAUUUUUUAUUGACAUAGGAUGUAUUUUACACUCGACUCUGCUGAACAAUAGGGUUAAAUUGAAAAUAUUGAUUGAACAUGUAUGAAAAACUGCACAGGAGGAGUGCCAGUUUUGAAAUAAUCGAUACAUCCUAAUGGGCAGUGAGUAUGUAGCCACCAGUUAUUCUCAGUCAGUAUCACAAAGCCAUAAGGAAUGCAAGGGGAAAGUGAAGGAGUGCUUCAUCAGAAUGGUGGCUAUGUCAGGUGAUGUAUGGAGUUCUCAAACGGACAUCUUACAACCAUUAAAGCAACAACUUUUCUGCCUAUAAUAAAAGUCAAAGAAUAUUUUUAUACAAGCCGGGGAGGAAAAUCAAGAGACCUCUCCGCCAAUGAAUUCCUGAAACACAGUGGGUUCUGAAUGGAUUUGAAGACAGACGGUAAAUAAAUCUUCUCAGGACUAUGUCAUUUUUAAGUUCUAAUUUAAUACGAUGCACAAAUGUUUUCACAUUUGCAGCAUAAAUAAAAUGAAAUCUUCGGUUCGAGAUCUGUGCAGUUCACGGGCCUUUUGCUAUUUACAGUAAUGGUACAUUUACUGUUCCCUUAAUGAUUAGGGAAGGGAGUGGUCUCUGCCCGACAUACAUCUAUCUCCCUUCAUCUGACUAUGUAGUAGCAAUUACGGAAACAUCCUUGAGGUGGUGGGGCUAAAAGCUCUCUGCUUUAACGGUGUCCACAGGACAAGAAUGGAGCUUUCAACAGCAUUAAGAGCACAGAGUUUAUUGAUCACUGCCUCAAAGAUGAGCUGGUUGGUCACUGCCAUAAAAUCUGAAAGGUCUUGCAGCUAAAGUGGAAUGGCUUUGCAUGGUUCGCUUAAGAGCUUCUCUGACUGCAGGAUAGGUGCAACCUAGUAGGCAUUAAAGUUAAGGAAAAUGUAAUUUGACUUAAUAAAAAAAGAUCAAGAUUUUCUCUUUGUGCCGACUCCAUUUUUACUGUUGUCUCUUACUAUUUCCAGAAAUCAUCUGUGACAUGUUCCUGUAUUUGUUUGUUUAAAUCUUUGUGGCUGAUAUCUCAUGGAGUAGUUUAAGGACAAAGCUGUGACAUUUUGCCAACGUUACUAUGACUAAUGUAGAGGUGCUAACACAGUAAAUAUAGAGUAGCUUUUGGGGGAUACUUCGCCAUGUAUUUCCCUGAUAAGUAACUGACUGUAUGGCAAAUCUGAUCUACGUAGAUGUGUAUGAACUCCAUGCGAAGUAUGAAUGUU